UGAAUUCUCCAGCAAAUUAACGUUAAAUAAUGGAUUUACUCCAAUUGGGGGCGAUAAUGAUGUUAAUCUGAUGAAUAACACCUCUAAUGAAGAGGUGAAUAGCGAAAGUGAUGAAGAAAAUUUUGUGCCAUUUGGAUAUGAGGCCUUACCACAAGACGAUGAGGAGGAGGAUGUACAAGAAAAUAAUGAUUUUGCAUUUCAACAAGAAGAACGACCAAAAGUAUUACAAAUUCACACAAAUGAUCAAGAUAAAAUUCCAGAUGACGAUUUGGCUGUGAUUAAUUCGAUUAUGAAAAAUAUUAAACUACCUGAUACUUCUAUACCUGAAUGGGCAAAAAGCAUACCUGAAGAAGCUUGGCUGCCUAUUGUAAUUAAUGAUGUUAAAUCGAAUAAUAAUACGUAAAUGUUUACGAAUAACGAUAUACUUUUGAAUAAUUAUGUAGAUUUA